GAUGGAGUUCGGUUGUGUUUUGUUUUAAUAAAAAAAAUUAUUUGUUAUGAUUUAAAAAUUUGUAUUUUUUUGUGUGAGUGUUGGGAUUGUUAAUAUUGCAAAAAAAAAAUGAAUUGAAAUAAAAAGGGAAAUACCUGUUUAAUAAAGCACAAAACAUAACAAACAUCAAGAGUACUAAAUAAAGUCGCGCGAGUAAAACGUUUCUUAUCUGUGGCGGGUGUUGAUUUGAAAUAUUGCAAAAAAUUUUGUAAAUUCGAAAAAAGAAUUAAAUUAAGAUAAUAAUAACAAAAUAACCACUAAAUUGUUGUUGGCUUACGGCGAUAAAAAUAUCACAAUUAUCAUGUUUUCAUAUCUUACUAAACAACCUGAUCCACUGGAAAGAUUUGCCUAUGAUAGUGCCAUUAGGAAAAAGUGCACAUUAACAAGUGAAUUUGUACUUUUGAACGACACAAUAUAUCCAGAAGUUUGGAUUGUGGUCGAUUUAUAUAGCCAUAUAGAUCCGCCACUUUUGUCACCCCAUAUACUAAGAAAAAACAGCGCCCGAAAUGAAAAACUUAUAAUAGACCUAAUGCAAAUGCCGGUCCCUAAUAGCAGCUAUUACAAAUACAAUCUCAAUAAUUGUCACAUUCGUAAAACCGGUAACUUACGACUAAGAAACGAAAUCAUCGGAAAGCUAAAGUAUUUGAAAAGUUGGCAGACGGAACAAUCGUUAGAUAAAAAUGCUAUAGAUAUAAUAGAAAAUACUUUUGAUAUUGAUUACUUUGAUAUAAAAAGUGAAAAAAAGGUCUAUAUAGGCUUUACAGCAUAUGCCCGUAAUCCAGACAAUGGUUGUAAAGAACAAAUUUCAGACACCGUAUUUUCGAAUGCCAUUUAUGACGUGUGUAAUUUUUCAUCGGUAAUGCCUAGUUCUGCCACGACUACAGCUGGUGGUUCUGAGCAUAUCAUUAAACUUAGCGAUAACAAUGCUAUAACAACUUCUCCAAUCAUCCAAAUAAAAUUAUCCGAUGAGUAUAAUAGUUGGAACGCUUGUACUAUGGGCUAUUUACAAGAAGAUGGUUUACAUUUCACUGCCCCACCCUAUACUGGGCAAAUUAAUGUUAACGAUAAAAAUCGUCUAAUUAAUUUGCAGGUUAUGGAGAACAUACCUAUUGGCGCCAUUAAAUUUGUUUAUAUCGAUAAUAAUUAAACUAUUUAUAAAUAUGAAACUAAUUUAAACUUUAUUUCUAAUAUAUUUAAUUUUUAUAAUUAUUCAU